AUGGCGUCGGUCAUCGACGGCAGGGUCGCUGGUGUCCCAGGCGAGAAACCAGGCAAAUCAACACAGCGCCAGUUUAUUACCAUCGUCCCCGUUGGUCGGGGUGAAUCGGGUGUUUGGCUUUCAGGACGCAAGCUCUCUCCCAAUCAGACGUGUAACCUCCCCGAUGGGCAGGAUGCCUCGCAUAUUCCCGUUCAAGAGCAGCGCCCGGCGUCCACGGCCGUCGCCUCAUAUCAGUCCGGCCACGGCGACGAGCUUCGAUCUUCCAAAGCAAUUCAAGUAUUCGCCAGUCAAUCGCAGGACCUGCGCGCCGUCUUUUCAAUCCCUACUGAGCUCAGGGGUUCACCCACAGCACAUCAGGGCUUUCCAAUCUCGGUCAAUGGGUACUCGGAUAUCCCUCGCGCCGGUAACCUCUCUAGCUAUCCGACACUUGGUGGAAAGACAUACAGCCGGCCUCCCUUUGCCAUGGAGGAUGAUUUCACAGCGUGGUUGUUCAACGAAUCAUCUGUACCCUCGUCGUCAGUCGCAUACCCGUCAUGGACAGGCGUAAUCCCCAGCUACCUGGAUACUUCUCAGCUACAAACCCGGACCUAUGAGAUGUCACUAGGCGGAGGCAUCUCACACCGGCCCAUGAGUGUUGCGAGGACGUUGGAUCCCGGGUCGCCGCGUACCGUCAUGUCGGACGAUAAGCUCCAGGAGCUCCUGCACCUUAUGGCGACGCGAUUCAACAAGGCUGCGUGCUCGACAGCGACCACUCGCAAGAAGUCGUUCCUGGAGGGCGAUGUGAGUAACGAUAAUCACAUCCUAAGCCUGCACAUGACGCGAACAUGUAUCGAAUCAUACUGGUACCACUUCCACCCGCAGUUGCCCAUCCUGCAUCGCUCGGCCUUUGUCGCCGACCACGUGCCCAAUCUCCUUCUCCUGGCUAUAAUCGCCAUCGGCGCGUCGACACUGGAUCGUAUCCACGGCCCAGAAGCCCCGACCAAACUCUGGGUAUACCAGGCCCUGCUGCUCAUAGAGGUCCACGAGAAGAUGUAUUCCACGCGCUUCCUCCACGAGCGGGCGCACAUCCACCACGGCACCACACUGGCCCUGAUGCGACGCGGCGACUGGUUCAUCAGGCGCUCCGCGGACUGCUCGGCAGACGACCAGCUGGGCUCGAUCACGACGCCCGACUCUGCGCUGGACGAAUCCUGGACACACUGGAUCAGGGGCGAAGCCACGCGGAGGGUCGUCUUUGCAGCCCUUGUGCUGGACUCGACACACGCCCCCAUGUUUGGACAGCCUGCCAAGAUGACGGCGCACGAGCUUCGGCUGCCGCUGUCCUGCGAUGAGGCAUUAUGGUCGGCGACCAGUGCGGCCGACGUGGCCCGGCGGCCGCCCAGCGACGACUACUUGACCGAAACGCGCGGCAUGUUACACGGCCUCGCCCACAUCGCAUCGCAUAUAGAUAUUAUCGAAUGGCAGAGCUUCGCUGACGCCGUCCAGCGCGCGGGAAAGUCGCGAGAGAAUAGCGCCGCUCUUGAAAAGACGGUCAAGCGAUGGGCCGUCGAGGCCUCGGCCCGCGAAGCCGCCUUUUACGCCUUGAAGUUCCUGUUUGAGUGUUUACUACACGGACCUUCCAAGGACGAGGACGCCUAA